AAAAUCGUAUCGCAUCUUAUCUAAAACUGUUCUUUGUGGGAAAAACAUGUUUCGAACCCAUUUUGCUGCAUUCCUCGCUGGCGUGACGGUAGCUUGCUCAGUUGGUUAUGUGAAACUACACAGAGACCUGAAACUCGCAGGGAAUAUGCUUACUUCAAGCAUAGAAGAGUGGUCUGAUGAGGUUACGGAAACCACCAAGGAACUGGACAAUAAAGUCCACUUCUUGGAAAACGAAUUGAACCGAGUCAGAGGACUGGCCUCUGUAGGAAAUGAAGUGCACUCGGAUUCCAGAGUUCAAAGCAAGAAAGGGGAAAACAACAGUUCAAAUACUCCAAGUGACGACGGUCUGUAAGAGCCGAAAGAGCGCGGUUGUUUUUGCCCGUAUUUAUAUUUGUAAUACACUUGAACGUAAAAGGCUAGUGUUGGCUAUCCAUAUCUAUUGAAUGAGGGUUCAAAUAAUA